GACGUCACAGCGUCGCCUCGCUGCAUGUAAACAAAGCGCCGCGGCUGCUGCGGUUCUGAUGGAGACAAACUGAGAGGAAUCGGAGAGAAUAGUGGAUGAAGUUCGUUCUUUUUGACCCGGAGCCGAUGGCAGUGUAAUGGCAGUGAGAUCAGACUGAACCAGAACCAGAACCAGCAACAUGUCUAUGGAAGACCCGUUCUUCGUCGUCAAAGGGGAGGUUCAGAAGGCAGUGAACGCAGCGCAGAGCCUCCACCACAGAUGGAGCGAGCUGCUGCAGGAAGGGGGCGGGGCCUCCAAGGAGGAAAUGGACUGGACGACCAAUGAGCUGAGGAACAGUCUGCGCUCCAUCGAGUGGGACCUGGAGGACCUGGACGAGACGAUCAGCAUCGUCGAGUCCAACCCAAAGAAGUUCAACCUGGACAUGGCAGAACUGUUGAAGAGGAAAGCCUUCAUCACCAGCACCAGGCAGACGGUCAAGGAAAUGAAAGAAGAGAUGUCGAGUCCAGGUGCGUCUUCAGGGGACAGAAAGAACCACCAGGCUCUUCUCGGUGAGCGCGGUCCUUCAGGUCCGAUCUGGCAGCCCGGAGGUAACAAAUACAGCCGUCUGGACAGCCAGCUGCAGAACGCCAACUCUCAGUGCAUCGAGGAACAGCAGGGCCAGCAGCAGCUGAUUGCAGAGCAGCAGGACGAACAGCUGGAGCUGGUGUCGGGAACAAUCGGAGUCCUGAAGAACAUGUCGGAGAGGAUCGGCAUGGAGCUGGAUGAGCAGUCUGUGAUGCUGGAUGACUUCACUCAUGAGGUGGACAACACUCACUCCAGAUUGGACAAUGUCAUGAAGAAACUGGCUAAGGUGUCGCACAUGACCAGCGAUCGUCGUCAGUGGUGUGCUAUCGGUGUGUUGCUUGGAAUCCUGUUCAUCGUCCUCCUCCUCUUCUUCAUCCUCUGAUUGAUGCCUCCUCCUGUCAGCACUCAUCAAUCUGUCUACUGGAGUCCAGCAGAUCCUACUGGACUCUAUCGGACUCGACUGGACUGUACUGAUCUCUAGAAGACUCCGCCAGUCACUACUGGAUUCAAUUGUACCCUUCUGUACCUCAACCAGACCCAAUUUCACUGAACUGGACUCUCCUGAUCUCUGGAGUCUACCGGACUCUAUCCCACUCCACCUGACAAUCGACUCUGUCGGACUCUAUCGGACUUUACUGGACUCUACAGGCCCCCAUUGGACUCGACUGGACUCUACCUGACUCUACUGUUCUCUAGAAGAUCUCCACCAGACACUACUGGUUUCUAUUGUACCUCUACCAGACCCUAUUUGACUGAACUGGACUCUCCUGAUCUCCAACUUUCUCUACCAGACUCUAUCGGACUCUCCUGAUCUCCAACUUUCUCUACCAAACUCUACCAGACUCUAUCGGACUCUAUCGGACUCUCCUGAUCUCCAGCGGACUCUACCAGACUCUACCGGACUCUAUCUGACUCUAUCUGACUCUAUCUGACUCUAUCUGACUCUACCGGACUCUACCGGACUCUCCUGAUCUCCAGCGGACUCUACCAGACUCUACCGGACUCUAUCUGACUCUAUCGGACUCUACCAGACUCUACCAGACUCUACCGGACUCUACCAGACUCUACCGGACUCUACCAGACUCUACCGGACUCUACCGGACUCUACCAGACUCUACCGGACUCUAUCUGACUCUAUCGGACUCUACCAGACUCUACCAGACUCUACCGGACUCUAUCUGACUCUAUCGGACUCUACCAGACUCUACCAGACUCUACCGGACUCUACCGGACUCUACCGGACUCUAUCUGACUCUAUCGGACUCUACCAGACUCUACCGGACUCUACCGGACUCUACCAGACUCUACCAGACUCUACCAGACUCUACCAGACUCUACCGGACUCUACCAGACUCUAUCUGACUCUAUCUGACUCUACCGGACUCUACCAGACUCUACCAGACUCUACCAGACUCUACCGGACUCUACCAGACUCUACCAGACUCUACCGGACUCUACCAGACUCUACCGGACUCUACCAGACUCUACCACUCUACCAGACUCUACCAGACUCUACCAGACUCUACCAGACUCUACCAGACUCUACCAGACUCUCCUGAUCUCCAACGGACUCUACCAGACUAUACCACACUCCACCGGACUCUAUCGGACUCUCCUGAUCUCGUUGUCUGUCUGUUUUCUGCUGAGUCGACUGAAGGCACUUUUUGGUUCUCUGAAUGUCUGACUGUUAAUCAUGUGGAGGUCAGACCAGGUGGAACCAGGUUUGAUGUGUGUUAAGGAAUCCUGUUUGUUUUAUUUAAGGGCUGAGAUUCCACUCGACUGAAACUCUUUUUUGAAAACCACUUUAAAUCCAUGUUUACUCUACUUUGAAAACCACUUUAACUCCAUAUUUACUCUGUUUAAAACCAGUUUAACUCUACUUUAAUCCAAGCUGGACUUAAUCAUAACUGUUGACUCCAGUAUAUCUAUAUACCUUCAGUGUAACUACUUUAAAGUGUUUAACUCCGCUUGAAUCUUGACAUUAACUCCAGUAUAACUUAAAGAUAAGUGUAUUUCCAACUCAGUAUUUUCUACAUUUAACUCUGUUAUUUUAACUCCAUGUUAACAUCAUUUUAUCUCCGUUUAAUUUCAUUGGUUUGACUCUGGUUCAUUUCAGGUUUAACUCCAGUGCAAUUCACAUUUAAUCAUGUUACCAGAAGAAUUGUAAUCCUGGUUUAACUCCUUUUAAUCAAGGUUCAACUUUCGUCCAACUAUGGUUUUAAUCAGAUUGAAUCCUUAGUUUCAGGUUUAACUCUCGUUGAUUUAAGAUUCAAACCUUGUUUAACUUCAGUUACAAUGUGGUUUAAUUCCAGUUUAUUCUUGAUAUAAUCUUUAACUCCAGUUGAACUCUGGUUGAAUUCAGAUGUAAUCUUGCUUUAAACCCAAAUUAAACUCGGCUCAAUUUCAGGUUAAAUCCUUUUUUAACUUCAGUUACAAUAUGGUUGAAUCCUGGUUUCUAUUGUAACUGUUUAAAAGUACCUUUAAUCCUGUUUUUUAGUUUAGUCUGCGUUUGAAAAAAAGUAAUAACACUAAAACUUUUUGUUUACAGUUUGCGUGUUUUGUUUUACUGACUGAAUCUUUUUAUGUUUAAUGUUUUAUUGUUUUUUGUUGUGUCCCACAUUAUCAGAUUCACGGUACGCACGGUGGUAAUGAACGUGUUUCCUGUUUUAACAAAAUAAAACUGACUGUUGCAAAUAAAGUCUAUAAAUACAAAGAUUA